AUGUCAAAGGGUAAAUCAAAUGAUAAACCAAAAAGAAUAUCUAAUGGUCAUAAAGUAAAAUCAAGUGUUCAAAAGAAAGGUAGUACUCAUUCUAAAAUAACUAAACCUGAUAAUUUCCCUUUCAAACUUGCAAUGUGGGAUUUUAAUCAUUGUGAUCCUAAAAGAUGCAGUGGUAAAAAAUUGGAAAGAUUAGGUUUAAUUAAAAAUUUAAAAAUUGGUCAGAAGUUUCAAGGUAUUAUAAUAUCUCCUAAUGGUAAAUCCGUUAUUUGUCCACUUGAUAAAUCUAUAAUUGAAGAAAAUGGUGCUGCUGUUGUUGAAUGUUCAUGGGCUCGAUUAGAUGAAAUUCCAUUCAAUAAAUUAGGUUCUGCAAAGAAUGAAAGAUUGCUACCAUAUUUAGUAGCUGCAAAUACUGUCAAUUAUGGAAAGCCAUGGAAGUUAAACUGUGUAGAAGCUUUAGCUUCUUGUUUUGUUAUAAUUGGUCAUUAUGACUUGGCUGAAAAAUUAUUAGACAAUUUUUCAUGGGGUCCAACUUUUUUAAAAAUUAAUCGAGAAUUAUUUGAAAUAUAUCAAAAUUGUACUGAUUCUGAAAGUAUAAUGAAAGCACAAGAUGAAUGGUUGGAUAAAAUUGAAAUGGAAAAUAAAUUAAAAAAGGAAAGAAAUAAAGAUGAAGAUAUUUGGAUGAUGGGUAAUACAAAUAGAAAUCAUGAAAGUGAGGAGGAGGAGGAGGAGGAGGAGGAGGAAGAGGAGGAGACAGAAUCAGAUGCGGAGUAUGAUAAUCUAGGGAAUGUAAUAGAAAAGAGUGAGAAGUAUGAUAAAUUGGGAAAUCUAAUAGAGGAAGAUGAAAGUGAAACAGAAGAGUAUGACAAUCUACGGAACAUAAUAAAUAAACAUGACCUAAUAGAGGAACACUCAGAAGAAGAAUCAGAAGAAGAAUCAGAAGAAGAAUUACAAUAUGACAGUUUGGGAAACAUUAUAGCAAACACUCAAAAAUUAAUUAUAUAA